UGGAGGUGGGGGUAGGGGUAGCACUAGCAACAGCAGCACUGUACUACACACAGAAGUAGCGGAGGAGGGGGUAGCAGCAGCAUUGAUGUUGUGAUGUGAUGGUUAUAGCUUCUGUGCGGGUCAUGACGGCAGCUGCCACCUCAGGGCUACCCGGGCUCUCUCUGCUCCUGGUGGCCGUGCUGUUCCCAGAGGCUGCGGAUGCCUCAUGCUGUUACCAGGCGAAGGAUAACUUAAUGUGUCGUGACGUUUGUGAGCAGAUUUUGACAUCAAAAAGUGAGUCUCGGCAGAAACAUUUGCUGCAAAGGGCACCAGAUUAUUGUCCAUCAUCUAUGACAGAAAUUUGGAACUGCAUGAAUUCUUCAUUACCAGGUGCCUCUAAAAAGUCAGACGGUUGGGUUGGCCUUGGAUGCUGUGAAUUAGCGAUAGCAACGGAGUGCCGGAGAGCUUGUAAACAGGCAUCCUCAACAAAUGAUAUUCUAAAAGCCUGCAGGAAGCAAUAUGAGAAUGCACUUAUUAGCUGUGUUAAUAGGAAUGAAAUGGGAUCCGUUUGCUGCAGCUAUGCUGGUCGGCACACAAACUGUCGGGAAUACUGCCAAGCUAUAUUUCGCACCGAUUCAUCUCCAGGACCAUCACAGAUCAAAUCAGUGGAAGAUUACUGUGCAUCGAUUAGCCCGCAGCUAGUGCAGUGUGUUAACAACUACACUCAAUCCUAUCCAAUGAGAAACCCAAUUGACAGUCUGUACUGUUGUGACAGAGCGGAGGACCACAGUUGUCAAACAACUUGCAAAAGGAUAAUCAUGUCCAAUAAAACAGAGCAUGAGAUUGUUGAAAGCUUAAUUGAAGGUUGUAAAACCAUGCCUCUGCCCCAGGAUCCACUCUGGCAGUGCUUCUUACAGCGCUCUAGAUCAGCUCAUCCUGGGGUCACUAUUGCUCCCCCACCUUCCACAGGACUUGACGGAGCUAAACUUCAUUGUUGUUCAAAAGCAAAUUCAUCAGUAUGUAGGGAACUGUGUACCAAAUUGUACAGUACAAGUUGGGGAAAUACUCAGAGCUGGCAAGAAUUUGAUUUUGCAUGUGAAUACAACCCAUUUGAAGCACCAAUGUUAACAUGCCUAGCAGAUGUAAGAGAACCAUGUCAACUAGGAUGUCGGAACCUUACAUACUGUACCAACUUUAACAACCGGCCAACUGAAUUAUUCCGAAGCUGCAAUGCCCAAUCAGACCAGGGAGCAAUGAAUGACAUGAAGCUAUGGGAGAAAGGAAGCAUCAAGAUGCCUUUUAUGAAUAUUCCUGUUUUGGAUAUUAGGAAAUGUCACCCAGAAAUGUGGAAGGCAAUCGCUUGCUCACUACAGAUUAAACCGUGUCACAGUAAAUCUAGAGGAAGCAUCAUCUGCAAAACUGAUUGUGUGGAAAUUCUGAGAAAAUGUGGUGAUCACAGUACAUUUCCUGAGAGCCACACAGCAGAAAGUAUAUGUGAGCUGCUGUCUUCCACUGAUGACACAGGAGACUGUAUUCCGUUAGACACCUAUCUCCGAUCAAGUCCACUGGAUAAUGCGGCUGAGGAAGUCACACACCCAUGCAAUCCGAAUCCAUGUCCAACCAAUGAAUUGUGUGAGGUGAACAGAAAAGACUGCCUUCCUGGAGAUCCAUGCCUUCCAUAUUCCUGUACACCAGGCUGUAAGUUGGGAGAAGCCUCUGAGUUCCUUGUGCGGCAGGGAGACCUCAUCCAAGUACCUUCAGGAGAAGUAGGCUGCUAUAAAAUUUGUACUUGUGGACAAAGUGCAACACUGGAAAAUUGUUUGGAAAUACAGUGUGUCGAUCUACAGAAAUCAUGUGUGGUUGGUGGGCAAAGCAGAAAUCAUCGGACAUCCUUCAAGGUCGACUGUAAUAUCUGUUCAUGUGUUGCUGGUACAGUGCAUUGCUCAAAGCGACAGUGUGUAAAUGAACUCAUCUCCGAUGAUGAUCGCAACAUGUUUACUGGGUUACCCUGUAACUGUGCAGAAAAGUUUGUUCCUGUUUGCGGACAAAAUGGACGUACAUAUCCAAGUGCUUGUAUAGCACGAUGUGUUGGCUUAUUGGAUAACCAGUUUGAAUUUGGACCUUGUUCCUCAAAGGAUCCAUGCAAUCCAAACCCUUGCCAGAGAAAUCAAAGAUGCAUUCCAAGGAGACAAGUUUGCCUCACCAGCUUUGAGAAAUUUGAGUGUUUACAAUAUGAAUGCAUCCCAAGACAAGUGAAGUGUGAGCAUCUAAGAGAGCAAAGAGAGCCAGUGUGUGAUAGUGACAAUAUGGAGCACCCCAGCAUAUGCACCUUAUAUCAAAGGGGAAAACAGCUAUCAUAUAAGGGAACAUGUCAGCCUUUCUGCAAAUUUGCUGAACCAGUUUGCGGCCAGAACGGGGAAACAUACAGUAGUGUAUGCAGUGCAUAUUCCAAUCGUGUUGCUGUGGAUUAUUAUGGACAAUGUCAGGAUGUUGGGAUAUUCUCUGACCAUAGUUUUUCUACUGAGUGCUCAUCCAUUCAAUGUCCUCCAAAGCCUAAAGUUGGCUGUACACCAGUUACACCUCCUGGAGCAUGUUGUCCUUUAUGUGCUGGUGUCAUAAGGAUCUUAUAUGACAAAGAAAAGUUAGACGCAUUUGCCAAGGUAACAAAGAAAAUGCCAAUAACUAUCAUAGACAUACUUCAGAAAAUAAGACUCCACAUAUCUGUACCCCAGUGUGAUGUCUUUGGAUACCUUAGCGUGGAAUCAGAAAUUAUUGUCCUUGUGGUUCCAGUCGACAACCACCCAAAAUCAAUACAGAUUGAUGCAUGCAAUAAAGAGGCGGAGAAGAUAAACUCACUAAUACAUUUCGACAGUCCAACUCUGGCAUCUCAAGUACCAUUGUCAGCUCUUAUCACGUCUGAGGUUAUAGUAUCAUCAACGCUAAAAUCAAACUGUGACAAAAUUAAUUUUAAUAUAUCUUAUUUAUAUGUAUGUCUGCUAAUUACUUUAUGUCUAUCAUUCAAUAUAUAAUAUAAUAUGCUGACAUUUUAAAAAAGUGUAUUGCUCUACAUUUUAAAAGUAUUAAUUGAGUUAAUUGAGGCACUGCUUUUUCUCUGUACACCCACACACACGUACGCAUGCACACACGCACGCACGCACGCACGCACGCACACAUAUAUGUAUGUAUAAAGCCUCUUUCAACUCAUCAUGGGGAUUGAAUAAAAUUAUGUUUUGUUUAUUGCCAAAUAUUUGAAAACAAAAGUAAUUUCUAUAUGAAAUAUGUAGAUUCAAGUGCAAUGGUUAAUUCCUAUUUCUAUGCAGUCUUCAAAACAUAUUUAUUUUUUUCAUAUAAAUAGUUCCUAAAAAGACCUUUUAAUUUGCAUUUAUUUUUAUUCUUUAAUUUGCUUUGAUAUAGCACAUUUAAGUGGUUAUUUAUAUAAACUGUUCCUAAACAUUUAACAUCACAGCAGUAUUAUAGGUUAAAUAUAUACGUGUUUUAUAUAUAUAUAUAUAUAUAUAUAUAUAUAUAUAUAUUUAUUCAUAACCUAAUAAAAGCACAUAUGCAGUAAAUGCCAAUUUUUUUAUUUAUCGGAAAGGGAAUUGUGUAAGUGUAGAACAACUGAAAGGCAUGAAACAAAGAGUAUGGUGGUAAUUAUCAUGUUUCAGGAUGAACACGUUCUAUGAAUUUUAAUAUUUAAACUUUGUAUAUUGCGUUAUAAUUUUUCUGCUCACUUAGCUGUUCCCUAAAUCCAUAGGAGGUCUCGGAAGUUGGACAGUACAACAGCUACCUGAAUACUGAGAGAAGGGCAGGGGUCUCUUUGAUACUGUAAUUAGUGUGGUUUCAUAGCAGAUUAAAAUUAUACAAUAUAUAUAAUUUACAAGCUCACCAAAUGAAAAUUAGUUUUUAAGAUUUUUUUUUGCUUUUUCAAAUUGAAAGAUAUUAGAAACACUUUAAAAAUGUUAAAGGGUCAAUCCAAUUAGGUGCGAGCUUGGUAAUGCGAGUUUGUUUCAUGAAACUCGCAGACGGGCAGAUUGGGAUGAAAAACCUCUGUAAGCAGCACCAAUGGAGGCGUGGUCUGCUGAGGGGUCUGGUACCCAGUGAGGGGGAAUACUCCCUGCAGCGGAUGCAGCCAGCCCUCCUUGCACCUCCCUGCUGCAGCUGUGACUCCACUCCAACGCUGCUGAAAACCCCACCCCAGUGCAUAUUAUGCAUCUGAAUGCGCAAGCAUCAAGUGUCCAUUGACAUGUCCAUCAACCACUUGAGCAUGGCAUCCAAUGUUAGCAACAGUCUCUGCACACAACCACCCUCAGCACAUGCCUAUGUCACCACAACAACACACCUGCACCACACCGCAUAUGUGUCUGAUCAGCCAACCCCCCGAAACCACCAAAAAAUGUCCAACACACCUCUCCCUUAGUGCAUCCAAAUCUGCACUGCGACUCUGCACGAACACAACUGGGAUGCACACGCAGACAAAAAAUACUGCAGAAGAGAAAAACAUAACACAUUCACCCCGACAGGAAAGAAAAUACACACAUCACCCCCUGCAGGGAAAAAACAAAAUACAUUGGCCCAAUAGGAAAA